AUGAAAUUUACUAUACACUUGACACAGAUCGGGUUUCCCGGCUGGUUCAUUGACAUGACACAUACACUUGGCCUAGAAAUCAGAUACUGGCACUUUCUUCGACACUCCGUUUACGAUUCACUACACAUCGCUAUCCUCUCUUUUCCGGCAGUUAUAGCGGUCUGUGUGUCCGGAGACUGCGGUCCUAGACUUAAAUAUGCAUGGGGAGAUGCUCUGACCGGCACAGACUGUCCGGGACCUGAUGGAACACCAUACCCAAGACAGUUGGUGAACCGCGCCUUGAAGACCUCAGGGUCUCGUCAGGGUCGCGCUGCCCGCACCCUCGACCCGUCCCUCAUGAGGCGAGCUCUGCUAGACGCGCAUGAAGGAUACUCACAGGGGAUCGUGACGGCGUCUAAUAGAACUGCUCGUUCCUCGUCUCCAUCGUGCGGCUCGUCCCGCCUGUGUCGUACUCGCUACAACACCACAGCGCCCAUGUACGGCGUGUCUCUAACGUCAGGUCAGCCGGUCACUAUAGUACAGAAGUUCCCAGACUUACUACAGCAGGUCGUCUUUGAAGUCUUCUUCUUGUUCCCUGGUCCGAGGUACGUGUUCUCAGACCUACGUUCCGUAUCUGUUCCUGGUCCUCCCUCUGGGUCCCGUAACCCUCACGGGCCAGGACUACGUACUCGUAGAGUCUGGAUGUGUGUGUCGUCCGGACCCACUUUAACGACCCCCGACUAG